CUCGUGCUUAAAUCCUCCAAACACCGUAACUAUCGACGAUCUAUUAAUAUUUCUAUCCUUUCUGUGUUUUGUAUUUCACCGCCGCUUUGUCAGCCGCUUCGGAUUCUCACCGCGGCGGAGCUCAAAGCCCAAGACGCCGACAACUCGAAGACCCUCGCCGCCAAAAGAAAGCAUAACAAAAUGAGCCAAGAUGAGAAAAGUAGAGGCGUCAUCCCGAAUUUCAACCCUCAAAACCAAUAUCAAUACGGCACGUUUCAAGGCGUAGCCAAUUACUACCCUCCUUUCCCCCAACAACAGCUGCCGCCACCGCCUCAGCAGCCUUUUGUCGGCUUACCCCACCCCAUCCCUCCGCCGUGCUUCGCCAACCCCUAUGUCCAUGGUUACCAGACCGUUACUGGCUUUCCUGUUGAAGAAGCGGCACCCGUGAGGCAACCUCGCCUUCCUGUUUGUGGUCUUGGAAUCGGCUGGUCAUUGUUUUUUCUGGGCUUCUUCUUUGGUGGCAUUCCCUGGUUUGUUGGAACUUUUGUUCUCCUCUGUGUCCGAGUGGAUAAUAGAGAAAAAGCUGGAUACCUCGCUUGUGCUAUUGCUUCUGUUAUUGCUAUGAUUGUGGUUACCUUUGGUUUGACAAAGGGAGGUCAUGCCUGGUGAAGUUUGGGCUAUGAAGGUAUGAAGUUGCCAUAAGCUUUCUCUUUUUAGUAUGGAUGCUUGUAAUUUGUUCAAAAAAAGUUGUUCAGAACUCUUGUUCUUAACAUUUUAAAGAGAACCCCCAGAAUUAUAUAUACACA